AUGUCGUGCUACCUACACCAGUGCCACCCUCCGGUCUACCAGGCGCCCGUCCCCAUCAAGUGCCCGCCGACGUACGCCAGCAGACACCCCCACGUGUCUCCUGCCUGGCACUCCAUGGCGUGCAUCCCACAGCGUGUGACCCACCACGUCCCCUGCCAGCGGGUCGCCUCCUCCAGCUUCUCCCACCAGCAGUGUGUGACCCAGUGCGUGCCACGGCAGCAGUGCACGACCCAGCGCGUGCCCCCCUGGCAGCAGCCCGUGACCCAGAGCACCCUCCAGCAGCCGUGUCCCCCUUGGUGCGUGACGACCUGCGUGCCACAGCAGCAGUGUGCCCCCGAGGGCGAGUCGCAGCAGCCCUGCGUGACCAAGUGCAUCCCGCAGCAACGAGCCACCAAGGGCGUGCCCCAGCAGUGUGCCACCCCCUGUGCCCCCCAGCAGACCAGGUGCGUGACCACGUGCGUGCCACAGCAGCCAUGCCAGGGCAAGGGCGUCCCACAGCAGCAGGGUGCCACCAAGUGCGUCCCGCAGCGGUGUGUGACCACCUACACCCCGCAGCGUGUGGCCAGGUGUGUCACCACCUGCGUGCCCCAGCAGCGUGCCACCAGCUGUGUCUCCUACCACUUUGGGCCCUCUCAUGUCCCGCAGCAGUGUGCCACCACGUACGUCCCCCAGCAAUGUGCCCCCAGGUGUGUGACAAAGUGUGUCCCGCAGCAGUGUGCCACCAAGUGUGUCCCCCAGCAGCAGUGUGAGGCGCCUUGUGUCCCCCAGCAGUGUGCCACCAAGUGUGUCCCCCAGCAGUGCGUGACCAGAUGUGUCCCCCAGCAGAGUGCCACCAAGUGUGUCCCGCAGCAGAUGUGUGUCUCACAGCACCAAUGUGUGACCCAAUGUGUCCCCCAGCAGCAGUGUGAGGCGCCUUGUGUCCCCCAGCAGUGUGCCACCAAGUGUGUCCCCCAGCAGCAGUGUGAGGCGCCUUGUGUCCCCCAGCAGUGUGCCACCAAGUGUGUCCCGCAGCAGAUGUGUGUCUCACAGCACCAAUGUGUGACCCAGUGUGUCCCACAGCAGCAGUGUGUGACCCAGUGUGUCCUCCAGCACCAGUGUGAGACACCCUGUGUCCCCCAGCAGCAGUGUGUGACCAAGUGUGUCCCACAGCAGUGUGUGACCCAGUGUGUCCCACAGCAGCAGUGUGUGACCAAGGGUGUCCCCCAGCACCAGUGUGCCACCAAGUGUGUCCCACAGCAGUGUGCCACCAAGUGUGUCCCCCAGCAGACGUAUGCCAACAAGGGUGUCCCACAACAGCGUGCCACCAA